CUUUCCUUACCUCGAAUAGUUCUAUGUAUUUACUGUUUAUAACAAACAAAAUUGGCAAUGGAUUCGUCUGCUCUGAAUGUGGCCCACCAGCAGCACCGCAGGGCGGAGGCCCACGUGCAGUUCAGAAGGUUCGACGAGGCAGUGGUGUGCCAUAGGAGAGCCGCGGAGAAGAUUGGCGAGGCCAUGAAGGCCACCAAGGUCCCCCGGUCGCUGGAGUCCCUUCAGCUCCAACAGGAAUACCACUUGCGUCAGGAGGAAAUUGUGCGACUGAAGAAGGCUCAGUUUGAAAUGUAUAAGAUGGCGGUGGAAAGCCAUCGGUUAAAGAUGGCUCACACGUUGAACAAACAAGAGCAGGUGUUUGUCGAACCACGGGAUGACGCGAGCAACCUCCAGAUAGCCAUUUACAGGACGAUGGAGGAGGCAGACUCGCUGCUAGACCUGCUGGUGGAGCGACGGGGCGCGGACAGCGACACGGACAGCGAGUGCGAGCAGCUGGAGGCGGGGGGCAUGGAGGCGGCGGUGGCGGGCGCCACCAAGCGCCCCAAGGACGACCGCACCGUCAUCGAGGAGCUGCGCACCCUGAACCACCAGCUGCGGGCCCUGGUGUUCCAGCUGGUGACACAGCUGGAUGCCUGCGCCGCCGAGACGGGCGCCCUGCGCGACCGCGUGCGCGCCCUGGAGGCGGAGAGUGCGCGCGGGGCCGGCCUGCACGUGGUCACGGACUCUGUCGGCGGCAACUCCUCCCCCUUCGCAUUCUCCCCUUGCAGCGAGCUGAGUCCCGAGGCGACGGACCCGCGGCCCCGCAGGGAGCUCCCGGCCCUGGCCCCGCUGGAGAUGCCCAGCUUCGACUUCUCUGCGAUCGCCAGGCGCGAGUAGCCCGUCUGCGAGGUGGCUGCACUUGAACAAGACAUGGUGGACCAGUAUGUUGACGAGUUUAGUCACUUGGGUGAAUGUGUAACGUGAAAGCAGUCGGUGCUUCAUAGCUGAUGAUAUGCACUUGGCUACAUACCUCUCUCAUACUUAGAAGACAUGGUGGACCAGUAUGUUGACUCUACAUUUGAGGACGACGCCUAAGACGAGUUUGGUCACUUGGGUGAAUGUGUAACGUGAAAGCAGUCAGUGCUUCAUAGCGGAUGAUAUGCACUUGGCUCACCCUUUUCUCCUCUGCAUACCUCUCUCUCACUUCAUGGCUAAAUGAACCUAACUUCGGCUUUGUAGCUUUUGUUGAAUUUUCAGGGAUGUAACAAUAUUAACAAUAAGUUAAUGCUCUUUAAGUCCUUGCCCUAAUGCUCAUGAAACAAACUUUUAAACACUUCUCUUUUAAUGACUGGGUUAAGUUGUGCAACUAUUGAGACCUAAUUUGUUGGCAACUAGACUAGCUGAUUACCUCUAGACAGUCGAACAUUUUUUUAAAAAAAUUUUUACGAAUCAAGUUAAACUGCAUGACUCCCAGAAUUUUUCUACUUUUACAAAUAAUAGGCAUAUUGUUAUUUACAGGCUGUAAAGCAUAUAUGUAACUGCAAUGUCAAAAUUUUUCAUACUGCGCAACUUAACACAAUUUUAUCCAAACUUUAAACGUUUGGCAAGCCCAGCUGUGCUAUGUGUACAAAUGAUAAAUAUGUGAUUGUGUUUGUUAAGUAAUUGAAGUAAUUUUUAUUAAUGCACGUAACAUUAAACAUAACAUAAUAGAAUUUUGAGAUAAAUGUACAUUGAGGACUUUAAGUAAGAAGACCAACACAGUAUGUUAAUUUUUGGUAGCAGAUAAACUACGUAUCUAAAUUUUAAGAAAAUUGUUGUAUAUUUGAAGCAGAAUACACUGAUUGUGAGAGAACAAAAUAUUAGAGCAGGUAAAAAGGCAUAGAGAAAAUACAAUUUUCUUGCAUUACCAAAUACACUCUAUUCAACAAGUAGUGUAAUGGUUGUCUGUACAAUAUUGUAAAGAGUUCUUUUGUAAAAAUGACACACAAAACUCCAAAAAAGGAGUUUCUUUAGUCCUGUUUUCACAUUGAAUCUUACUAGAAGUUUAUAAAUUUGUUGGCAUAAUAUGCAGUCAUCCAUGCACCAAUUUAUUGAUUUUAGUUAUUGCUUAUUGAUAAUUGGUUUUUUUUUAGGAGCACAUCAGGUAAGUGAUAUAAAGCUUCAUGCAACUUACCUACCAACUAAAGAAUGUCUCAUCCUUAGAUUACAGCGUGAAUUAAAAUGGGCAUUAUCUUUCCAGGAUGUCCACAUUCAGGAAAGUCGGGGAUAUCACGGAAAUUCCUCAGUGUAAGGUGGAAAUGUUUUGCACCGGUAUGCCCAGAGAUAAGUAAAUGGACCAGAUGGAACAUAAACACAUCGUUUAGGUGAGGGGUUUGAAGUCAGGAGGGGAAAGGUGAGGGGGAAGGUCCGCCAUAUUACUUAGUGAAUAGCAUCGUUGAUUUCACCAUUUGAUUACAUUGUGAGUAGUUGAAAGUUUGUUAAUUUAUGGAUCGUUAAUUUGGUUUUUGAGUGUUGUAGGUGAAUCUGUUGUAAUUUCUCAAAAGUUUGGUUGUUUUAGAAGUAGAAUGUGUGAUUUUGAACCAGUGUGACAAUCUAUAAAGCAUGAUAUAUUAAUAUAUUAUGGUAUCGUUUGUUGCAUAUGGUUGUUUGAACAGAAGUACUAGGAAAACAGAGCCAGUUACUGAAGGAAAAGCAUAAGAUCAUUAUUUUAAUGAUUUUAAUGGUUUUAGAAGUAUAACAACACAUGUGUGUUUGUUGUUUAAAACAGCUAUUCAUGUAAACAAUGUCUCAGCUACAUAGGCGCCAUAUUGCUUAGUGAAUGCCAGCUUCAAGAAGUAUCGGUUAUGUUCCAUCUGGUCCAUUUACUUAUCUCUGGGUAUGCCAUUACAUACCCAGACAUUAAACACUUAUUUUUCCAAAUGGUGUUUUAGAGCAUAGUCUCACACACUGUAAAAUGAUGUAUGCUAGGUCAUGUCUGUACUGGAUUGUCUUUAUUUAUUUAAGAAAAUUACAAAAUAGGUAAAUUAUUUUCAAAAAUUAGUCAAGGAUUAUUGUGAUUUUGGUCAUGGAAAAGUGAAUGGAAUUGUUGUACAGAUUUGAGUGAAAACCCUGUUUUCUUUUUCCAAGGUAUCAUUUCUGCCAUCAUCACUGUCUUUGGUUUGGUGUGCUCUGUUGCCAAAUAUACAUCAGAGAGCAAAAACAUUUUAGACACAAUGUUGUAAUGUAAUGUUACUAUUCAUAAUGUGGGGAGAACUGGGUUCAUAAGGGAUAGCCCAAUUAAGUUUUAUUGAUUACUAAUAUUUAUAUUUAUUAAACAAUUGUACUUAAAUAAUGUUUAAUCUCAAAUCACUGGCACAUAAAAAUGUUUAUUCUCAAGACACUCAUGUCUGUCAAUUUCUGCACUCCUCACUGGAGCUAGACUCAACAGUGGUUCGCCCCUUACCUCGCACCACUCAGUCCUCGCAUUCUCGCUUUUCAUUCGAACUCCGUGUCGCGCCACUCUGGGGGGAGGGGAGGUGUCUCACCCUCUUCGCCAACGUCGAAAUUCCCUUUGCUCGGAAUCCGCUUGGAACUCACGCCACACUCGCGGCACUCACUGGUCCUCACCAUCGCGGGACUCUGUCACCAAACUGCUUAAGUAGUCUGUGGUGCCCUUCUCGAACGAAGAGAGCAGCUGUGACAAGAUGCGUCAUCCCGGGCCAACCCGACGCCUGGAGCGUGGAGGAUAGCGUUGCUCGCUCACGCCACUUCACGUGGCGGCCCGCAGUAUUCCCAAGGCCGCUCAGCGAUAGAUAACGGCGCCGAGGCAGGACGACGUGUUUGGGAGCAGAGGGGGGAGAGGGGUAGUGAUGACCCUUGUAAUCAGGCCAGGCAUGCGUGGCAUGCCUUUCGUCAAUGUACACAACGCAUGUCGUCAGUGGCCGUCCGAACCUGGCACACGUCGCAGUCCUGUCUGCGUUCAUAACAGUAAUAUAACUUUAUUAAAAUGUACAUUGCAUCUUGAAAAGUAAAAAAUUGGAAUGAGAAUUUUGGAAAUCGUUUUCCUGUUGUAUUUCAUCAAGACAGUCAUCUGAUAAAUUUCAUCUUCCAUUUCUAAGGAGUCGUAAUCGAAAGACGCCUCUUAACUUUGAUAGUUUUUGUUAACAAAUGUUUCUAUAACAAUUAAUCUUAAAAAUUUUUGCCCUUUUGAGUAUAACACCUAAUUUUAUGGAAUGCCUAGUUAUUAAUAGUGACGGACUGCUGCAAAUAGUUUCUUAUGUGAAACAAUAAUUGGUGUUUGGCAUUGAAUAAUUUAUUCGUCAGAAUGACUUCAACUGUGAGAAUAACUGUCAAAAGACACUCAUUUUUGGUCUUGAAAUAUUCUACAAGUAGUAAAAUUUAAAUAAAGAUAUAUUUUGAAACUUAUUAUAGUUAAAUAUGGUAUACAAAAUAAGAUUUUUAAUGUUAACAAGCUGUGUAGUUAGAAACUGUCUACAAUGGUUACAAUUUAUUGUGUACUGCAAUCUAAGCAUGAGACAACUUGUAUGUACUCAUAAAUUGAGUCAUUUUGGUGCUUUGUACUGAACUCUUAGCCAUUGUCAUGUUAGUGUAAUGCUUUAGUAAUUAUGAUCACAAAGGUUCGUUACGACCCCACCAUUUCUGGGUUCUUGUAUUAUAAACUAUUCCUAUUUUUCAGCUGGAUUUUUUAAAAUUUUAUAUGCAGUAUAAAACACUGCUGCUUUUAAUUUUACAGCUGCCUACUGUACCUAAAACUCUCUUCAAAAAUAUACAUUUUGGUUGAUUUGAGCUACCUAGUAAUUUGACUGUAGUGCAAUAGAAAUAUUUUUAUUUACAUACUUGUUUUCUAGAUAUAUAUUAAUUUUUUUAACUAAAAUAAUGCAAUAUCUAUAUUUUUUUUUAUAUAAAUUACAUUAUUUCUUAGUUUUUGUUUUAGAAUUAUUGCCUCCAUUUAAGACAUGUAUUUUGUCGCUUAGUAAAAUUAUACAAUGUUAAAAAUAAUACUUGUUUGAAAAUGUCGUAACAUUAGUUAUUGAACCAAGUUCCUGAAUUCUGUUGUUAGGUUGUGCAAUAAUACAGGGUUGUGCUCUCAGGAACCAUUACGUAAUGAAAAUAGAUAAUAUAAAUGUUGACAUUAAAAUUUCUUAUAAAAACUGUCA